GACGUCAUCUUAUUGCUAUUUGGCAGAAGAUUGUUCACAUUUUCAAUCAAAUUGAAAGCAUAUGAUUGUUCACACAGCUUACUAGCUGGAUUUCGAUCCUCUGUCUCAUACUUCAUGAUCUUGGUUUUCUAAUGAGAAAUCCUCUGCAAUCCUUGUUAUGUUUUUGUCAAGUAUCUGAAAGGAAACUAAAGAAGAUCAAACACCCGAAGAGCAGUGGGAAAUUAGCUAAAUCAUCACUUCCAGAACACCUAUGCCUUCGAUUUUCACUCCACGAGAUCAGAGCUGCUACCCACAACUUCGACUCCGAUUUGGUUAUCGGUAAAGGUGGCAGUGCAGAUGUAUACAAAGGGUUUUUCGACGAUGGGGCAUCGGUUCUCGCUGUGAAACGCUUUUUGGCCGGAUCUUCAAGACAGGAACGACUCGAAGACUUUCACAAUGAGGUGCAGCUACUUUGCCAGCUGCGCCACCAAUAUAUUGUUCCUAUGAUCGGGUUCUGCGAUGAGGAAGACGAGAAGAUCAUAGUGUACGAUUACAUGAGCCAGGGAUCGCUCUUCGAUCAUCUCCAUGGUACUCAUCAUCACCCCCUCCCUUGGAAAAAAAGACUAGAGAUUUGCAUAGGUGUAGCUCGUGGAUUACACUAUCUCCAUGCUGGAGCAAAGCGUGCAGUGAUCCACCGUGACAUCAAGACAAGAAACAUUCUUUUGGACGACCAAAUGGUUGCCAAGAUUGCCGAUUUCACAUUGUCCAAGAUCGGUCCUUUUAGUUUAUCGAACGCUCCAAUCAGAAUCGAGCUACCUCCUCUCGAUGAAAUCGAAAUAGAAACAAGUCGAACUAGGCUCUUUGGAACUUUGGGUUAUUUGGCUCCUGAGCUUUUCGUUGAUGCUACACUUGUGACAGACAAAUUAGACGUUUACUCAUUUGGGGUUGUGUUGUUUGAAGUGAUUAGUGGUAGAAAAGCAAUAAAGUUUGAUGCGGGUGUUCAUGAUCAUCGAAAUAUAAUUCCUUGGGCUAAGGAACACAUAAAGAACGGAACCUUUUAUCAGAUUGUCGACCCGUGUCUUAGAGGGAAAAUAGCUCCGAGUUGCUUAGGGAAAUUUCUGGAGAUUGCUCUAAGCUGCGUCCAUGUUCAGGAACAUAAACGACCUGCUCUCGGUGAAGUGGAGACGACAUUAGAGCUUGUUUUGGAGCUGCAAAACAGAGCAGACAUCGAAAUGGAGUGCCUUGAUCCCCAUGGAGAAUUUGACUUUGGAGAAUUUGACUUUGAGUAUUCAUUUAGCUGCAAUUCUGAUGAGAUAUUGUCAGACAUGGAAGAGUUGGAGUGCCUCGAUCCCCAUGGAGAAUUUGACUUUGAGUAUUCAUUUAGCUGCAAUUCUGAUGGGAUAUUGUCAGACGUGGAAGAGUUGUGCAGAUAGCUUAAGAUCUGAGGACCCAAUUUCGCACACCGAAAGAUAUUCAAUCUGGGUGUAAUCAGGUGAGAUGUUUCUUAGCUUUCACCCCCUUCUUUGGCAAGCAACGUUUGUUGAGCAAUAGAGAGAGAGCAUUUUAGGUUAUUUUUAUGUGCUAUGGUGUGGAAAUAGCUAUGGUUUGGGAGUAGUUGACUAACACUUGAUCAAAUCAUGAAGUACAUAACUCUGUUGGACAAAUGCCAUUCUAAACUUUGUUAUUUCUACAUGCUAGCGAUGUUAAAAGCUUUUUUUUAUUUCUUUUCUACCAGAAUUAAACCUUAAAGUGUAAAC